AUGAAGCAUUUCAGCCACCCUCAUGAACUCCACCUCAUAGAAGUGCCCACACAAAACACCCAAUCCAAUUGCUCAGCUUGCGAGGUUUACCUCUUCGGCCAAUGCUACGCCUGCAAACGCUGCAACUUCUUCCUCCAUAAAUCUUGCUCCGAUCUCCCUCAAUCCACUCACCACAAAUCCCACCCCCGCCACGCCCUCACCCUCACCCUCUUCUCGCCGCCGCAACACGCCGCCGCCCAAUGCGACACCUGCGGCGACGCCUGCGACGGCCUCGCCUACUCCUGCCGCCUCUGCAACUUCCACCUCCACUCCCGCUGCGCUCGCCUGCACGACGCGGAAGCGCGGGACGACCGGGAACUCUACUUCUUGAACUUUCUGAAACGGAUUCUGGCGGAGCAGAAGAAACUGGUGGCUUUGCUGCAGCCGAUGAUGGCGGGUCGAGGUGCCGGCCGCGGCGCCGCCGAGGAUCUGGCGGAGCGGAGAAGGAGAAUGUACAACCAGCAGAUUCAGAGAAUGGCGGGUGGUCAGAACCAGCUUAGCAUUGUCGGAACGACAUCAUAUGAGUUUGCUAGAAACAACAAUAACUACAUUGGAUGA